AUGUUACGUCGUUAUAUGUAAAACUUUUAUUAUUUUCAGUACACAUAAGCGUCCUCGCUGGUGUAACUGUUAACAAUGAUAAAUGAAUAUCGGUUUAAAAGCUUUAAAUUGUUCACUAAAUAAGUACACAGCAACGAUUUCUCACAAUUGCCAAAUGUUGCGAUCAAAAUGUAUGUAACAGUAUCCAUUACUUCCCACAAUUGUACAUCAUUUUCUUUGUUACAUAUCACAAAUUUGAUUUUUCUAUUACAUAAUUAUCAAUCGUGAAACCCACAACUUUGAAAUUCCUGUUAUUUGUAUAAUUUAUGAUGUUAGGAAAACGUAAUUGACAUCGAUACAAAUUGGUACACUGGAUAGCUAACACGAACGAUAACUUCAAGUCGGUCUGGUGUUAACCGCGCGUACAGUUUUUAGUAUUCGUUUAUCGUUAACUUUCAGCAGUUAAAAUCGCCUAAUGUUAUUAAAAUGUAAUCUUCCAUUGCAAAUUGUUACGUAUGUACAUCUGUCGUCACAUUCUAAUGCGAAUUACAGUUUCUCUCGCGAGGAUUUUUAAUUUUAACCUCAACUUGUCAAUCUCUUUGUGAACGAUAAAGCAAGUUGUUCAUACUAAUGUGAAGUGUGUAAUUCAUUAACUGUGUGCGCGUGCUAGUCCGUGGAAAAAGAAGCAGGAUUUCAGCAAUCAGUCAACAGUAGUAAGACUUGACAAGAAAACAACGUAGAUCACACUGCAGUCAUAUUCAUAAUGGAUUUUAAAUAAACGCCGACGGACUUGUAAAAAAAGAUUCACGUGGGGGACCUGUUCAGGAUUCGAACUCAGGUUUGGUUUACACCAAGGGCGCUAUACGCUGCGCCAUCAAGCCCCACUGUUCUCCCUUAUUUUUCCGGGUCCUUUCUCUCACUGGAUUCGCCUAUAGGAGGCGCUCCCAAUAAUCAGUACGAAGAAGAACGUACGAGUGAAACGAUGUUGUAACUAACGGCCAAAAUGGAAGAGCAAAGCGUUCACAGUAGUAUCAGUGAUAUAAAUAGUGAAGAGGCAGUUAGAAGUGACCCUGUGAUUAUACCACGUAAAAAAAGGAUAUGCUUAAUUGGUGCCGCUUGUGAUGAUUCUACACUGGGUGCUGCUGCACAGCAGUUUAGUGUACCUGUUCUUAAAUCAGAAACAGGUUCAGAAUAUAUAGAAGACACGGCAUAUUGUACUUACUUUGUACUGAAACAAUUCGAGGGACCUGAAUACGAUGCUCUCCAUAAAAGUGCCCAUAGAAUAUUGGGACCGACGGCGCUUCUGCAAUUAGCAGAACGAAAGGACUCAUUACCUAGUAUUAAUAGACCAAUGUACACACAAGCUAUGGUAGGCACGGUAGUAGUCUUUACUGGAUUUAGAAAAAAGGAGGAAUUGACCAAGUUGAUCAACAUGAUUCAUAAUAUGGGUGGAAGUAUUAGGAAAGAAAUGGGUGCAAAAGUGACACAUCUCAUUGCUAAUUGUUGCGGUGGAGAUAAGUAUAGAUAUGCUGUUACAUUUCGGGUUCCUAUAAUGUCCAUGGAUUGGGUGACAGCUUUGUGGAAUGCCAAAGACGAUAUUUCCAAUUAUGGAAAUAAUGAAGAUCUGAUCACAACUUAUAAACUAAAGCCAUUCUUUGGUGCAAAAGUAUGUUUCUUUGGAUUCCCUGAUGAAGAGAAACGUCACAUGUGUGAAGUUCUUCAACAACAAGGUGGUGAAUCUACAGAAAUUGAUGAUCCAAAUUGCACGCAUGUGGUAACAGAAAUAGGAUGUCGUGAAUACAAGAAGUCCAACAAUGCAUUUGACAUGCUACCAUAUACUAAAAAUCCUAAUUAUAUUCCAUACCAUUACUCAAAAACAAAACCAUUUUCCUUUACUUUCUACAAUCCAUAUACUAAUACUAUUCCUAACAUGGAAACAAAAAGUUCCUCAUAUAUUUGCAAUACUGAUCACAUAAAUUUGUCAAGAAGAUUGAGUACUAAACGUUUCUCGUAUUGUUUUUCUUCUUCUCUGCCUCAUUAUCUUGAAUAUAAAGAAAAUAAAUUCAAUUACUCAACACCAGAUAAUAUAAGUCAAGAUUCGGCAAUUUAUAUGGAUGAUAAUUUAUAUGAUUAUUCAAAUUUGCCAAAUGAAUUUUCCAAUAUGUCUGAAUCGUCUAUAGCACAAACUGAUUCUGGCAUUGAUAUGUCUAUGUCAAGAUAUUUACACAAUAUAAUACAAUCAAGUAGUUUAACUGUACCACAACGAUCUAACUUUCCUGUAACAUCUACUGUGUUAGAUAUACAUUCUAUGGAUUCAUCUUCAGCAGUUUACAAUGAUAGAAAUUCACGAAAUAAUUCAUCUAAUGUUUUUUCAAAUAAAAAUACUAAUAAUGAAAGUACAUGUACUCGAUCAGAAUUACAUAAUUUCAAGUCUUCUACACUAUGUAAGAAAACAAUUAUUCAACAUACAAACAAACACUGUCCUGAUAGUGAAAGCUAUAUCUUGAAAUCUUGCAAAAAUGUACAGUGUACGCCAAAGUCUUUUUUCGUCAAUCGAAAAAUUGCAACUCCUAGACGAUGCAUAAAAUGGCGAAAAGUUAAGUCUUGUAUUGCGAUUCAUAAGAUAACUUCCUCAGAUAAAUUAAAAUUUAAAAAAAUGCAUUCUCAUCCUAAUUUACUAAAGCGAUAUGAUUCGGAAUUCAAUGAUUCUCUUUUGCACGAUUCGCCCACACUGAUUACAAAAAAUAAAAGUUUUUUAAGUUCAUGCAAAUUGAAUUCGUCCCUUUUAUCAAAGCUUAGUCAUUUAAAUUUCUCUAAAUAUGUGCUUCCUGCUCCAUGCCCUCAAGUUUCAGAAAAUCAUCCAAGACAGAAAUAUACUCCUUUACAUACUCCUCUUCCUAUACCUGCAAAGGUAGCAAAAUUAUCAAAUUCUGACCAUGGCUUAAGAAGUACUUUUACAAAUGUUUCCUCUAAAAUUUAUGCUCUGAAAGAUGAUCAUAUAAGACAGGAGAAACAGGAGGACGUACCAGUAUCUUUGGUUGUGGAUGAAUCAAAUGUAAAUGCAUUACCAGAUUUAGCUUCAGUAAGGGCUCAUAUUGUAAAAGCUGAAUGGUUUUGGACAUCUGUUCAAAAUGAGGGUGCAGCUGAUGAGAAGGAGUAUUUAUUUGAAGAUUAUUUGGAAUCUGUUCUGUCACCAACUAUAUCAGCUAGACGAGAUAGUCAACAAACUACAACUCCGAGUACAGCGUCUACAAGACGAAAACGUAAACGUUUAGCAGAAACUUUAUCUAGUUUGGUCCAAAAUGGUGCAGAUUCACCAGCUUUACAUAAGAGACGAUCCAGUAUCAGUGAUGCAGGACUUUUGAGUGUUAGCGGAAGUUUCCUUGACUGCACAGCAAGCCCAGAUAAACCAUUACUUGAUGAUAUUCCAGAAGUGGAAGCUGUUAACACGGAUAGCUCUAGAAAAAAUUUAUCACCGCGACACCAGGUUUUCUUAGAAUUAGUACAAACAGAGUCAAAUUAUGUUGGCAUUCUCAGUACAAUUAUGACACUGUUCAAGUCACCAUUGGAAGAUCUCAUAGAUACAAGCGGCGAAUUAUUAAAUGGUACCGAAGCUAAAAUUAUAUUUGGCAAUUUUCCACCCAUUUAUGAAGUUCAUAAAAAAAUGUUGGAAGAAUUGAAAUACAGUGCCACACAUUGGAUGGAGGACAUUAGCAUAGGUAAUAUAUUUCUGAAGUUUGCACCUGACCUAGUCAAGGCGUAUCCGUCGUAUGUCAACUUCUUCGAAAAUACAAAGGACAUGCUCGAUCAGUGUGAUCAAACCAAACCACGAUUUCAUGCUUUUCUGAAGGUUUGUCAAACGAAACCUGAAUGUGGUCGACAAAGCUUAAAGGAAUUACUGAUUAAGCCAGUACAAAGGUUACCCAGUAUUAGUUUAUUAUUAAAUGAUAUCCUUAAACAUACGAGUAAAAAUAAUCCAGAUCAUAGCGCAUUGGAGUUGUCGAUUAGCAGUAUUAAAGAAGUUAUGACGUAUAUAAACGAGGAUAAAAGAAAAACUGAGGGUCAAUUAGUUAUGUUUGACAUUUUUAAUGAAAUUGACAACUGUCCACCGCAUUUAGUUUCUUCACAUCGAUCAUUUAUUGGUAAAUGUGAUGUGAUGGAACUUAGUGAGGGUUUAAGCGGGCGUGGUGAUCAUUUAGUUUUGUUCCUGUUUUCCGAUACACUUGAAAUAUGUAAAAAAAGAUCGAAAGCCUUUAACUCAUUAAAGAGUCCUAAUACAGCAAAUGGAUUGCACACAACUAAAUUAAGUCAAGGAAAACCAUAUAAACAUAUCAAGAUGUUAUCACUGAGUACAAUAAAAAAAGUUGUCGAUAUACGAGAAACUGAUGAAUGUCAUAAAGUUUUUGCUUUAAUGGUAAGAAGUAAUCAAGAGUUAAAAGAGAAACUGUUUUCAUUUACAAUUACCGAUGAGGAGGUAAAUAAGACAAACUACCUCCGGACUUUGUGCAGGCAAAUGGCUAAUACAGUAUGCAAAGCUGAUGCGGAUACGUUCCUGAUAAGUCUUGAUUCGCAUCAGCUUGAAAUUGAUACAAGCGACGUAGCAUUAGGAACAUUAAGCAAAGCAUUUAAGAGCCUAUUUCAUAAUUUUUACCUGGAGUAUAUGGACCCGUAUGUGUUCCUACUCAAUAGCAUGUGUGAAACCACGUUACAUGUCCCACUACCGUUUGCGUCUCGCACAAGGAUGAAAGUCGGCAGAGCGUUUAGUUUUAACAAAACCCCAAGCAAAUUGAAAAGAGCAAUGUCAACGAUGAUGUCGCCAUUCGGAUCAACCAAUAGCCUUACUCCAGCAAGUCAACAACUUGCACAGAUGCGGCUUGCUAGUUGCAACAAUAUUAACGAGCUGGGUAAUGGUGGUUCAAGCUCGCCAUCUAGAGAUGAUGUUCUAGUAGCACCCAUGUCGGUUCAACCGACACGAAAGGCCAAAUGCAGUUCCCUCAGUAUGGCUUCAUUAAGAAGAAAUUGUUCAGAGGAAGUCAUGCAGGACAAAUCCGAUCUUUGAAGUACAGGGCAUGAAUAAUGCACAACUAUGUCAUACCUUGUUUCUUUGGUAUCAAUGAAAGGCCUAUAUGGAAAAAUAGAGGGGAUUGGAAACGUUGGUGGGAAGAUGUGUUUUUAUAAUAUAAUCAGGCACAAGAAAAAUGACGUCUGCAAAUUACUAUGAAAAAAUUACAAUUUUCUACUUGCCAUGUGCCAACAGAACCACAUGUGUUUUAUAAAGAAAAUGUACAUUGCCAGUUAUUCUUUAAGAAGCUACAACUAUAUAUGUUAACGAUGUACCGUAUCUAAUACCGUAUCGAUCGUUAAUUUUUAUAUAUAACAUUCAGAUAGUUCAAACUCUUGUCUCAGGAAGACAGAUGGAAUUGGAUUUACAGCUAGGAAAGGACAUUACAUUUCCAGUGCUAUAAUAUAACUUUUAUAGAAAAAGGAAGUACGAAUAUUAUUAUUGUGCCAUUUAAUUGUAUUGUAUAAGAUACAUGUAGAAUUUAUUAGACUGUCUAGAGAGAACUUGUGCUCUGUUAAAGUGAGAAGAUAGAAAUGUGUAACGCUAAUUCAUAAAAUUAAUAUUAACUUUACACUUCUUACUUGAACUUUAAUUCGACCGCCGCCGCUGAUACUAUUACAGUUUUAAUUCAUGAGUAUAAAUUGCAGUAAUUCACUAUGACUUCUUCGUUUUCAUUAUUUUUUUUUUAUUCAGUUUAUUUUGUUUUGAUUUUAAUAUAUUUCAUUUAAUAUAAUAUCACUGGAAAAUGUAGCUCCGUUAAAAGCAGAUAUGUAUUAUAGUGUGUUUAUUUCUUUCUUAUAACUGUGUAAUUGCAUUAGAAUGAGAAUUUUGAAAGGAUUGAAUGAUGAUACAGUGAAAGAAAGUAAGAUUUUGAACACGUUAAUAUCGAUACCUCUUUUAAAUAAUGUACUGUGUAAUAUGAAAUAGUUGCAAAAAGCAAUAGUUUACCCUUACAUUACUGUUACAUUUUUUAGGUCUCCAAUUAUACGCUUAUUGUAAUUGUAGACUUUAUAAAAAUUCACGUUAAAAUAUCCAGUUUGUUGUUUAGAUUACAAACUAUUCUGUUGUCUACACUUUAAAUGGAUUAUGUUUAUAUUCUUGGGAAAUACGAAAUACAUUUCAUUAAUUUGGCGCAGA